AUGAAUCACAUGAUUCUCGUCUCUGGGAAGUGGAAAGUUGAGAAAACUAAGUGGUUAUUUGAAGUAGACAAUGAUCGAGAAAACGACUUGGAACUGAGGUACCUUUUUCCGAAGCAGAAUCUACACAAUCAAAGCAUCAAUACACCACCUGUGAAAAUAGGAAACGAUAGGCAGUUUUAUGCAUUCUUGGGUGUUUGCAAAGUCGAGAACGUUCGGCUAUGUGUGGAGUUUAAAUUGAAAAAAAUUGUUGGAGAAGGAGCUGGUGAAGAUCAGAAACAACCCAUACAUGGAGAUGACUCGUUGUCUGAAGACGAAGAAGAUACGGACGAAGAGGGUGAUCGAUUCGAUUACUGCGAUGAUUCUGAUGGAGCAACAUCUGAUGAUGAAAACUUUACUACAUACGGGCUUCAACCAAACCAUGUAGAAGAGGUUCAUGGAUCGUCUACAAAGCUGAUUUAUGCAAGAAAGACAGAAGAAAGAGACUCUCCAAUGAGUAUGUCCGAUUUGCGCUCAUUGAAAUUUGACGUGGGGCAGAGUUACGAUUCAAAAGAUGCAUUGGAGGCACGUCUGAAGAUAUGUUCAGUUGUCCACAAGUUUGAUUUUGAUGUCAUUGCAUCAACGCGGACACUGCUCUUUGUAAACUGUUGGCUAAAAGGAUGUACAUGGAAGCUAAGAGCUACGCCAGUAGGUAACUCUUUCAAGUUUACAGUCCGAGUAUUUGUAGAUGAACAUACCUGCUCCAUAACAGAACGCUCAUCUCGUUCCCGACAAGCUACUCCCGAGAUUCUUGGACUCUUGUACAAAGACUACAUUGGUGGGGUUGAUCCAUCAAUUUUGCCACGUCAUGUUUCUAGUGCUAUGAACAUGAGCUUCGGAAUCAAGAUGGAUUACUGGAAAUCUCAUCCUACACUUAUAGUUGCUAGAGAUCUCGUAAUGGGUUCAGCAGAGAGUGGAUAUGAGGAAUUACCUACUUACCUGCACAUGAUUAGAAUGUCAAAUCCAGGGACUUUAACUCGACUGGAAGUUGAUACAAACAACAGAUUUAAGUACUUAUUCCUUGCAUUCGGCGCUAGCAUUGCUGGAUUUCCAUAUAUGAGGAGGGUUGUCGUGGUUGAUGGAACAUUUUUGCAAGGAAAAUACAAAGGAACGCUUCUGAUUGCAACCUCCCAGGAUGGUAAUUUUCAAAUCUUUCCAAUUGCGUUUGCUGUGGUUGACACAGAGAAUGAUGAAUCAUGGAAAUGGCACCAGUCAAUAGGGAAAGCUAUUGCAGUGGUCUAUCCAUUGGCAAGCAGGGGAAUUUGCACGUACCACUUAUAUAAAAACAUCUUGUUACGAUACAGAGGGCGUGAUUUGUUUGGAUUGGUCAAAAAAGAUGCAAACUCUUUUAGGUUAACUGAUUUUCAAGAAACCUUCGAGACAAUCAAAGAGUUAAACCCAGCUUUGCAUGCAUAUCUGGAACGUGCUGAUGUACGUAAGUGGGCACGAGCUCAUUUUAAAGGUGAUAGAUAUAACCUCCUUACAAGUAACAUAGCUGAAUCCAUAAACAGAGUUUUGUCCGGUGCUAGAAGCUUGCCAAUUGUUCACCUUCUAGAGUCGAUCAGAUUAAUGAUGACACGCUGGUUUGCAACAAGAAAUCAUGACGCUGAGUUGAUGAAAACCUCUCUUACUCGAGGUGUAGAGAAGGUGUUGGAAGGCCGGAUACCUAUUGCUAAUCUACUAAAGGUUCAAGCAAUAGACAUUCAUCAGUCCCAAGUAACAGGAGUCUCGUCUUUACAUUUUGUAAACCUGACCGAGAAGAAAUGUUCUUGCCUUAGAUUUGAUUUGGAGAAGCUACCAUGUGCUCAUGCUAUAGCUGCUGCGGAAGCUAGAAAAAUGUCAUGUAUAUCACUUUGUCAUCAUUACUAUCGGAAGCAAUACCUGUACAAUGCGUACUACACAGCUGUUAUGCCCAAAGAUGACUUCCUUCCAAUUCCAGAAGCGCUUGCCAAGAGGAUAUGUUUACCACCCGAGGUCCGCAAACCACCGGGGAGGCCAAAAAAAUCAAGACAUAAAUCCAUUUUGGAGAAAGUUGCAAUUAAGAAACGGUCACGGAAGGAACACACAUGUCGAAUUUGUAACCAGAGUGGUCAUAAUUCUACAACAUGUCCUCUUAAGUGA